UGAAUAAUGCCCUGUAGCCCUGGCAGGACAGACUGCUGUUGUUGUGCGUCACACUUUCCCAGUUUCAUCCAAUCCGAUGCUGCAUCAGCUCGAGCUUCCGGUCAGAGCGCGAGUCUGGAGGACGCAGUAAAGCUGGAGAUGUAAUGAUGCUGCGCUCCUGCACAGUCUCUUAUCCUCACACUUCAGUUACGACUGACGACCUUUAACAAGCAGCAACCUGGAUUUGGAAAGUAUGGGUAAAGAAGACAUGGUGUGUCGACCAGCAGCGCUUAACUUCACUAUUGAUCACAUCCUUAACAAAGAUAUUGAGGUAAAUCUCCAAAAUUCACAACUCAUCUCAGAGAACAGCUAUUCAUCAUGCGAAGAACUGAAAUGUCCUGAAACAGAGAACAGAGGCAGUGACGUCUAUGACCACUCUCCAAGCAUCACGAUGGAGGAAGUAAGUGGAAAGUAUCCAAAAAAAUCCAAUACGAUCAGCAGAGAUGACCUGUCUAAACAUCAGCAAAACCACAAGAAGAACAAACAGCUGGUGAAGAAGAAAACGCGCACCAUUUUCUCCAAAAGACAAAUUUUCCAGCUGGAGUCGACUUUCGACUUGAAGCGUUACCUGAGCAGUGCUGAACGAGCAUGUCUGGCCAACUCCUUACAACUCACUGAGACUCAGGUGAAAAUCUGGUUUCAAAACAGAAGGAAUAAACUGAAACGUCAGAUCUCCACAGACUUAGAGGCGCCGUACAGAGGAAGUGGUAGGAGUAAUACUUUUGGAGGAUGUUUGUUGCCGACUCCUUUUCCACUUCUGUAUACAGAGAGCUCUCCACAUUACCUGUAUCUCUCCCACGCCAGUAAAUAUUUUCGGCUUUUCGAUGGAGAUACGUGAUUACUCACAACACAGACUUUUUUCUUUUCCUUUAUUGCAUGGAGAAUACGCAAAUAUUUGUAAGCACAAUACUGGACUGGAAGUAAUUUGUCAUAACAAAAACAAUUGAACAGUAAUCACAUCAUGUCUCUUUUACUAUGCAAGAUGUUAAUAAGGAAACAUCAAAUAAUUCCCUAGUAGGCUUUAUAAGGCAUGUGACAGUCAUAAAAUUAUCAAACCACAUCAUUUAAAAAACAAACACAGCUUUAGUAAAGGACAAUCAAUGACAUUUUAGUUAGUAAGAUCAGAUUUUAUUAUUAAAAAAAACAGUGUUUGCUUUAAUCAUAAUUAAAACAUUUAUAAUUACACUGCAAUAUACAGGCUGCUGAUUGUGCAGUUUAACUGUCAGCUAAUUUAAUAACACAAACAGACUUUGGACUAGUGUAGUAUGCCAAUAUUUGGGUUUCAUGAUUUUGUUAAAUAUAUUGUUCUUCACUAUAUUUCUGAAAUUUCUAGCAACAGUCCUAAACUGGAUAAUAUUUCCAUAAAAUAUCCACACUGUUAACUGUAAGCUAAUGAUAUAUAUAUAUGAUAUUUUUAAAAUCCAAACUGUUAUUAAAAAGUUGAGCAGUAGGAAAAAGAAAUGUUAUUUGAAGAGCAUCCUCCGAGGCCAUAGUUAGCUUCGUAGCUUUGUUCUCCAAUUUUCCAGGUCACUUAAUUCUUUUGUGGUCAAGCUUUUCUCUGUGUCCAUCGUUCAGAGCAAAUUAAGUGUCUGGUCAAGCCAAAAUGUGCAUACAGCCUCCAAGAAAAUACUUUGUAUUGAUUAUUUACACUUCAUUCUUAUGUAGCUGCUGGCAAAUUUGCUGUGUUCAAUAAAUGAAUAAAUAUGCAACAUUAAAAAGCCCA